CAAGCUAUAGCAAUCGCCGGUUGAUGGAGAAACCAGAGCAUUUCGAUGAUUACGGUGAUUUAGAGGAAUACCUAUACAUUAAAAGCUUGAAUCUUAGUUGCCCUUAUAUCCAUUUUAAUGGACCAUCAACCAAGAAGCCAGCCGAUAUUGUCGCCGACGAUGACGGUACGACCGACGACGGGAAACCACCACCGCAUGUACUAAGACAGCAACACGUUGCAGACACAAACAUAAAGUGUUUUCUUUGUCAAAGCCUCACUCAAACCGCCGGGGAGCACCAAAUAAGUGUAUACCCAUGUGGCCUCGUCUUUGGUUAUUCAUGCAUCAAUGGCGCACUCACGACGGGGAACGAGACCUGCCCGGGUUGUGGGCAACAACACGUGGGGUGGGAGGUAACUAAACUUGACAUUUCCCCUGAUCAGAUUAUAAAAUAAGUACGUCCGAAUCCAUGUACAUGCAUACCGUACACAAUAAAACGAAGAAUCUCAAAUUUCGAAUGCAACAUGCCUGAACGUCUAUAUUAUUAUUUGUGGCACAGGAACAACAAA